AUGGGUGCUAUCGGUGGCCUUCUGGGCGCCAUCUUCAACAGCAUCAACGAGCACAUCACCCUCGCACGCAUGCGCUACUGCAACGCCCAGAUGCGUACGCGGCGCGUGGUGGAAGUUCUAGUGGUGUCGGUGGUGACCAGCAUCUCGCUGUUUCUGGCCGGUAGGUAUCUGGGCCAGUGUCACCCCAUUGCGCACCAAGAGACGGGUCGCGUGGAGAUGUACAAGUCCUACUUCUGUCCCGAGGGCACGUGGAAUGACAUGGCCACCCUCACCACAUCCGGCAACGAGGCUGUCAUCAAGACGCUCUUCCACAG